AAAUUCAUGUUUUACUGUACUGGAUGCAUUCGUGUGGUACAUAAUACAACUGUAACCCCGACGUGGAAAUUGGGGUCUUCCACUUCCUGCCACGUAACAGCGCAUGCGCAGCAGAUGACCACUCAUUUGACGACGUGUACCCGGUGAGUACAAGUAGUCGGGUACUUUCCUGUUCCCUGGACUUAGCCUGCCGUUAAACCUUAAAAAACCCUUAAGGACAUCGACACAAUGGGAGGUGCACAGAGCGUGGAGAUACCGGGAGGCGGCUCAGAAGGCUACCACGUCCUCCGGGUUCAGGAGAACUCACCUGGCCACCGAGCAGGACUGGAACCUUUCUUUGACUUCAUCGUCUCCAUCAAUAACACCCGACUGAACAAGGAUAACGACACCUUAAAGGACCUCCUCAAAGCCAGUGUAGAGAAACCAGUCAAGAUGCUGGUUUACUCCUCAAAGACCCUGGAGCUGCGGGAAUCCACAGUCACCCCCAGCAACCUGUGGGGGGGCCAAGGCUUGCUUGGCGUUUCGAUUCGCUUCUGCAGCUUUGAAGGCGCCAAUGAGAAUGUUUGGCACGUUCUGGAAGUGGAGCCCAAUUCCCCCGCAGCCCUUGCCGGUUUGAGGCCACACACUGACUACGUUAUUGGAGCUGACACUGUUAUGAACGAGUCUGAGGACUUGUUCUCUCUGAUAGAGAGCCACGAGGGGAAGGGCCUGAAGCUUUAUGUGUACAACACAGACACCGACAACUGCAGAGAGGUGGUCAUCACGCCCAAUAGUGCCUGGGGAGGAGAGGGGAGCCUUGGAUGCGGGAUUGGCUAUGGAUACCUCCACAGGAUCCCCACCCGGCCUUUCGAGGAGGGGAAAAAGAUCAGCUUCCCCGGGAAUGCGUCUGGCGUGCCUGUCAGUCCUUUGAAGGAUGGAUUCACAGAGGUCCAGUUGUCGGCCGUGACCCCGCCCCAUAUUGCACCCACACUCCCCGCUGGCCUUGAGGACUCGUUGUCAAGCCUGUCAAUCAGCACAGCCCCGCCCACUAUGCCCAGUGAGCUGCAAACAGGUUUGCCCACAGUCCCUCUGCUCCCCGCCUCCUCCAGCCCAUCCCUCAGCCCCCUCGCUCCCCUCAAUCCUGCCACCACGCUACCAGGCUUGAUGCCCCUCCCUGGUGGCCUACCUCCGCUACCCAACCUUCCCAAUCUGAACCUGCCACUCCCGGACCUCGGUGCCAUCUCCCUAGCAGGGAGCAGCAGCUUAGCGGCAGCUGGAAGCACAGCAGUUCCUCCCUUGGUCGCUCCCCUGAACCUACCUGGCCUUGCCCCUCUGCCCCCUAUGCCCACCAUGCUGCCCUCCCAGCUGACUCCCCUCCUGCCUCAGAGUGUGGCCCCCCUCCUACCCACUUCCACCGCCGCCCCACUGGCCUCUGUCACAGUGACGCCUGCCACAGAGCCUGUCACCGAUGCCACAAAUGUCACGGACCUGCAGCCUCCUACGGAAACGACACUAACGUCCUCGUAACUUGGAAAUGUAUAUCUCGCUUAACUAUGGAAGCAAAACACACACCCGGUUUCUCUAUCCUCUCCUGUCUCUCGUCUUUGUUUUUUCUAUUUAUUUGGCCGGGGGCGGGUUGUACCCAGUCAGAGGUUCUGAAUGUGGAUGAAGUGUGUCUGGUUAAAGAAAUGGGAUAAUAUACAUUACACUGCUGGUCAAAAGUUUUAGAACACCCUAAUUUUUUCAGUUAUUUAUAGGAAUUCAAGUCAUUCAAGUCCAAUGAAUAGUUUGACAACAGUAAGUGGUGAAGUGCCAGAGGUUAAAAAAAAAAAAAAAGUAAGGUUACCCAAAAAAUGAACAAUUCUGUAUAUUAUACAAAAAUGCCUGUUUCAGGAACCACAAAAUCUGUCAACAAUUAAAAGCUGUUCCACAGUUGGUGCUACCAAUUCCUACAGGUGUUCCAAGUUCUGGAGUACUUGCUACCUCCUCUGUCUGCAUAAAAGCAGUGUUCGGAACACACUGUGGUACUAUACCAUUGUGAGCAUCAGUUGAACAGCGUUGUACUGGAGAAAGUCAUUUGUUGCUACAAAAAUUUCUUUCGAGAGAAAUUGGAGUGUUCUUUUGACCGGUAGUGUACUUACAAUUGUUCCAGGGGCCACAUUCUCAGAAAGCUAAAGACUGACUGUUGGGCUUUGUACAUAAUGCCACUGCAAGGCUCUGCGAUACCUUUACAUUAUACCUCACCAAAUGGUAGUAAAGUCAUGACACCCUAAAUUAAAGACAGCAUUACUAUGUUAACGCUAGUCAGAGUUCUUCUGUAUGUCAGGCGCUACUUCAAAAACACUAGUCACAGAUCCUUGUGCUCGUCUGCUCCAAAGUUCUGACAAGGGCUGCCUUAGUACAUCAUCAUCAUCAUCCCUCCUGUGAUCCAACACAGACAGGAGAACUUGGCAUGGUUCUAACCCUGGUACAUUCACUGUAAAGCCUUCCAUUCUUGCCAUGUAUUUGAUUUAGUUGACCUCCAGGCCCAUGUAUCCAUUUCUUAUUGCGAUUGUACCAACACUGCUAUAUUUUGCACCACCUUUGCAUUUUGCGAUAAGUUUUUCUCCUUUUGUAUGUCUGAUUAUGGCUUUCCCUAUACAACAGACACUUGGGAGAAAUAACUGCAUGAGCUCCAUGCAUUACCCUGAGGGUGAUGCAUCCGGGAGAAACAUGGCUGCAGUUGGGUUACAUUCAACUACCACGGUGGCAAAGGCUGUCACUGUAAACAUGAAACUUUAAAUAUCUCAAGUAUGCACAGUGCAAGCAAUAAACCCAAACACAUUUUACACCGAGCAUGUGUUUUUAUGAAAACAUUGAGGUAUUUGGGGGAUAGAUUUACCUGUACUUCCUUACCGGCGCAAUCCAUCCGCCAUGACAAGCAAGUCUGCUUCAACUGUCCUUGAGUCAAAGCUGAGGUCAACCCAA